GAAAGAUUCUUAGAAUAAUUCUCUUUCUCUUUGGAGAAAUUGACUACACGAAAUAAAAAAGAAACCAAUUCGAUAGCUGACUUAGUUAUCGGUGGUAUUGAUCAUCAUUUGCAUUUUGUUGCAGGUAACAACGAUACCCGACGAGGGCGAGGAUAAUUUUAAAAUGCCCAGGGCUUCCGUGGUACACAUGACGUCGACGGCAACGAGGCCGCAUCACAUGUCACAAGUACUGGCGACCCUGGCACUAUCUAUGGGAACUCUCUCCUCUGGCUUGGCCAAGGGUUACACCUCGCCCGCGUUAGACUCCAUUUUGGAUAAUCAACCGCCUCAUCUUUAUCAAUCACCCAACAAUGAUACGUGGUUGGCUUUUUCGGUUACGCAACAGGAAGCUUCGUGGGUUGCAUCGCUGUCCAUGCUGGGCGCGUGGUUCGGUGCCAUGAUCGGUGACUGGAUAAUGCGGAGAGGUCGUCGUUUGGCCUUACGCAUGACAUCCUUGCCUCUGGCAGCGGCCUGGGUCUUGACGGGCGUCGCACCGUGCGUGGAGUUGGUGUACAUCACAAGUUUCAUCGGCGGACUUUGCUGUUCAGUCAUCACCAUGGUGGCGCAGGUGUACAUAUCGGAAAUCUCGAUGCCGGGCAUUCGCGGAUGUUUGUCGGCGAUGUUGAAAGUGCUCGGUCACGUUGGUGUCUUGCUGUCGUACAUAGCCGGUACAUAUCUGAAUUGGCGGCAAAGCGCUCUACUAGUGGCCGUCGCGCCGUCAAUGCUCUUUUUGGGGACCCUCUUUAUACCAGAGACACCAUCAUAUCUUGUAUUAAACGGCAAAGAUGACGAGGCUGCUAACAGUUUGCAGUGGCUGCGCGGAGAACACGUCGAUAUAAGACACGAAUUGCAGGUCAUCAAAACAAAUAUUCUGGCUUCGAGGGCUAAGCAGUACGAGCUAAGUUUUAAGAACAGCAUGUUUACACCAAGAUUAUACAAACCCAUCGCUAUCACGUGCGGUCUGAUGUUCUUCCAGCGAUUCUCCGGCGCGAAUGCAUUUAAUUACUACGCGGUACUUAUUUUUCGUCAGACCCUAGGUGGAAUGAAUCCUCACGGAGCGACCAUAGCGAUCGGAUUUGUACAGCUAUUGGCCUCUUUAUUGUCAGGAUUUUUGAUCGACAUAGUCGGCAGACUACCGCUCUUGAUAGCCAGUACCGUUUUCAUGUCACUGGCGCUCGCCGGUUUCGGCAGCUACGCGUAUUACGUGUCGCAAACGCAAAAUCUUGGCUACGUGGACUCGGCGGUGGUGGGCCAGCACGACUGGAUACCGCUACUCUGCGUACUCGUGUUCACGACCGCCCUCGCCCUGGGCAUAUCGCCAAUUUCUUGGCUAUUGAUUGGCGAACUAUUUCCGCUGGAGUACCGCGGCCUCGGCUCCAGCAUUAGCACGAGCUUUAGCUACUUUUGCGCGUUUUUCGGGAUCAAGCUCUUUAUGGACUUUCAGCAGAGUCUCGGUCUACAUGGAGCCUUUUGGUUUUACGCUGCCGUGGCGGUCUGCGGACUGUGUUUCGUAGUCUGCUGCGUGCCUGAGACGAAGGGCAAGCAGCUGGACGAGAUGAAUCCGGAUUAUGCGCAAGCACGGUAGUAUAAGGCCUCGCUGAC